UUGAGAUUUUCAGGUUAAAAAUGGCGCUGUUUAAAUUUCGGCGACAAGAAAGCGAGGUAAAAUGGCCGACAGCAACCCCGGCAGGAGUUGAAGCCUUCAAAGAGUUCUACGAUGCUGAAACAUUUCAGGAAACCCUGGACUCCUUCAAAAGAGUUUGUAUCGGAGCCAACGUUUCAAGGGGAGGAAGAUAUUCGGAAUUUUUUCCUUAUCUCAAAGCGGCUUAUAAGGAUGUGCUACCCUACAAGUACAAGGAAAUCUGGAAAAUUCUGGAGAAGAAAGCUAAGCAAGAAUUAUAUGAGAGGAAUACUAUUGGACAUAUAGAGAGGAAUAGAGUUUUGGUGGUGGGUGCUGGACCAGUAGGUCUUAGAACUGCUAUAGAGGCCCAGCUACUGGGAGCUAGAGUCGUACUAAUAGAAAGACGACCUUCAUUCACAAGAAAUAAUGUUUUAAAGCUCUGGAAGUUUCUGAUAGAGGACCUCAAAUCCUUGGGGGCUAAGAAGUUCUUUGGAAAAUUUGCAACCGGAUCCAUCAAUCAUAUAAACAUCCGGUCCCUUCAGUUGAUGUUGGUUAAAAUCAGUUUAAUGUUGGGAGUUAUCAUCUACGCUCCUUGCAAAUUUGUUCGACUAGCUGAACCAUCAUUAACAGAAGAAGGAGCUUUGAUCGCUGGUUGGCAGGCAAUAUUUGAAGAGAAGGAGAAGGAAGCGGAGGGGUAUGUUUUUGACAUAAUAAUAGGAGCUAGUGGGAAGAAUUGUGUUCUGGAUGGUUUCAGCAGAUACAGCCUGGAUGCCCGGCUUGCUAUUGCUAUAACGGCAAACUUUGUAAAUCGGUGGAGCUCCGAGGAGGCAGCAGUUGAGGAGAUAGGAGGACUCAGCAGGCAAUACGAUCAGGACUUCUUUAAAGAAAUGCAUCAGGAAACAGGAGUUGAUCUUGAGAAUAUUGUAUAUUAUAAAGACGAGGUUCAUUACUUUGUGAUGACCGCUAAGAAAGAAAGUUUGCUGAAGGAAGGGGUUCUUAUAGAAGAUCUACAAGAUGAUCACGACGAUCCUAAUGGAAGAGGAAGGAUCCUACGGCCUAGCAAUGUUAAUCGUGAGAAGCUGCUUGACUAUGCUAAGAAAGCUGCUCUCUACGCUACGGAGAAGAAAUCUACGAAGCUUCCUCACACGGACUGGAAGAUGCUUCCUAGAGGAGAUAAGGGGGAACCUGAUUGCUGCAUAUUUGAUUUCACAAAUCUCUACGCAGCAAGGGUGGCCGCACGUGUAACGGUAAGAAAGGGUCAACCUCUUCUUGGAGCAAUUGUAGGAGACAGCUUACUGGAACCCUUCUGGCCAGAAGGUUAA